UGUUGCUUAAAUAGCGUUCAUUAGAUUGUCUUGUGCAUGCUCCGACUCUACAAGACGAAGUGCAGUGGCUCCGUUUUGUUGUACCGCGUGAAAUACUUAAUCUGAAAUCUCUGCGCGUCUUCACGAUACAUACAAACAUAUUUGGCUGGUAUCUUUUCAGUACGAGCUUAUUCUUUUUUUUCCGUAAUUUCUUACAUUGAUAUACAACGCAUUUUGAUGGUCACGAUGUGCAACAUUGAUAGGAAUUAAUUUUCUGUUCAUAUUAGGUUAUAUUCGUCUCAAUCAGAAUACGACAAAAUGGCACAGAGAUUCCCUGUGCCAAACACAGGAAGUAAUGGACCGCCACCUCAGCGAUAUCCACCAUCAUCAGUACCACCAAAUUUACGCCAGUAUUCUGGGCCCAAUUUCCCAAUGCAACAAAGAUCUGGAUUUACGCCGCCACCACAGAUGGGUAACGCAGGACCUGGCCCUGGUGGAAUAAUGCGACCAAAUCAGCCUUAUUCAAACAUGCGUCAAGGCCCAAUGCCCACGCCACCCGUUGGGAAAAGAAGUGCAGACCAACGUAUUCCCAUGUCCCAACAAAAGCCGUAUUUUUGGAACAGUGAUUUUUCACAUUCCACAUCAAAGAAAAAGAAGAAAUUGGCAGACAAAAUACUGCCUCAGAAAGUGCGCGAUUUGGUACCAGAGUCGCAAGCCUACAUGGACUUGUUAGCGUUCGAGAGGAAGUUGGAUGCUACUAUAAUGCGAAAACGUCUCGAUAUUCAAGAGGCUUUAAAGCGUCCUAUGAAGCAAAAACGAAAAUUGCGUAUUUUUAUCUCGAACACAUUUUAUCCAGCUAAAGAGGCAGGUGAAGGAGAGGAAGGAUCUGUCGCAUCUUGGGAACUUAGAGUUGAAGGACGUUUAUUAGAUGAUACUAAAAAUGAUCCUAAUAAGGUAAAACGGAAAUUCUCAUCUUUCUUUAAAAGUUUGGUAAUAGAAUUGGACAAGGAUCUAUAUGGUCCUGACAAUCAUUUGGUUGAAUGGCAUCGUACACUGACUACUCAAGAAACUGAUGGAUUUCAAGUUAAAAGACCAGGUGACAAAAACGUUCGCUGCACAAUCCUUCUUCUUCUUGAUUAUCAGCCACUGCAGUUUAAAUUGGACCCAAGAUUAGCGCGAUUAUUAGGCGUGCACACACAGACGCGGCCCGUCAUUAUAUCUGCACUCUGGCAAUACAUAAAAACUCACAAGCUCCAAGAUAGUCACGAAAGAGAAUUUAUUAAUUGUGAUAAAUACUUGGAACAGAUAUUUGCCUGUCCGCGAAUGAAAUUCGCCGAGAUACCACAACGAUUGAAUCCAUUAUUGCAUCCACCUGAUCCCAUCGUGAUAAAUCACGUUAUAAGCGUGGAAGGCACGGAAACGAAGCAAACUGCAUGUUAUGACAUUGAUGUGGAAGUAGAUGACACAUUGAAGACGCAAAUGAAUAAUUUCUUGUUGUCGACCGCGAGUCAACAGGAAAUCCAAAGUUUGGACAACAAAAUUCAUGAAACCGUUGAGACGAUUAAUCAAUUAAAGACUAAUCGUGAAUUCUUUUUAAGUUUUGCCAAAGAUCCACAACAAUUUAUCAAUAAAUGGAUCAUCUCGCAAACUAGAGACUUGAAGACCAUGACUGAUGUUGUCGGCAAUCCGGAAGAAGAACGGAGAGCUGAAUUUUAUUAUCAACCCUGGGCACAAGAAGCCGUAUGUCGUUACUUUUACACGAAAGUGCAACAAAAACGAGCAGAGUUGGAGCAAGCAUUGGGUAUCAGGAACUCGUAAAGCUAUCAAAACUAUAUUUGACCAUUUUAUCAUUUUAUCAUCAAGUUAUGUAAGAUAUUCGUAAGUGUUCGUCCUUAUAAUUAUUGCAACAUGCAACACUCUAUUAAACAUAUAUUUGUAAUAUUAAUGUAGAUUACGUGAAAAAAUUGCAUUUAUUACGCAAAGCAAAUUUUACGCCUGUGUGAAAAUAAAAAUAUAACAAACAAUUUCUUUUUUUUAUAUACAUGAUGACGUAACGAAUAUCACUAUCUCGAUUAAAUUUUUGUUUCAAAGUCUAAAUGGACUUGGAAUUAAAAUAAGGAAAUGCAUCACUUUUGUCUAAUUCUACGAAAUCAUUUUUUUAACAUAUAUAUCUUUCAUCAUAUCAAUAUAUCUUCGAUAAUCACGAGAGUUUAUUUUUACACUUGUAGUGUAUGUAAAAUAAUUAGAAGCUCAGUCUUUAUGGUAGUUUAUUUCUUCUUAUCGAAACGCGCAAUAUCUCUUGUAUAAAUAAAAAUAAUUACAUAUCAUUUACCGUACCGUUGUACACAUUUGCUAUAUUUUUCUAAUAGAUAUACGAAAUCUUUCACUGAGAUAUUGACGCAUAGCGGCAGCAUUCU